UGAGCUGAUUGGAGGAAUCUUGUGUUCGGCUGUGGUCGACAGUCUCUUGUUCACAUUUGGAAACGGUUUUAAUUCUAGUUGGAGCUUUCGCAUAUGAGGUUGUGUAUUAUUCAAGGCAGUUUUGAUCAAUAUGGCUCUUCGAUUUGGAAGCAAUAUAAACCAAACUAGGGAUCAAGAAAAUAUCCGUAUUGGAGUGAAGGGUUUGGCGGUGGAUGCACCAGCAGCAGCAGCUACCAAACGAUCAGCUCUUGGAGAGAUUGGAAAUGGUCCUGCUGUAUGCAAAGGGUUAGCGGCCAGGAAGGUGGGGGGAAAUAAACUGAAUGCCCCUCUACAGAAAGGAGCUGAAGAGGCGGUUCUUGCAAUUAAGUCUUCGAAAAGUCAGACGCCAUUAAAGAAAGCUUUCAGUACAUCUUCCAUACCAAAUGAAGUCACAAGUUCCAGUUUGAUUCCUGUUGAAGAUAUUGAUAAAGAUGAUAAAGGAGAUCCAUUCCUUCUUCCUGAAUAUGUCAAUGAUAUUUAUGCAUACUUACGAGAGGUGGAGGCAAAAUAUCCCAUUAAAAAGAACCAUCUAGAGAGCCAAGAGGUGACUGGUAAGAUGCGGAGUAUGUUGGUCGAUUGGCUUGUGGAAGUGCACCAGGAGUUCCACUUGUUGGCCGAAACCCUGUAUCUGACUGUGGCCAUCAUUGACAGAUACCUUCAGGAAGUUCAUACCACCACUCGCAAGAAGUUGCAGCUGGUAGGUGUGGGUGCCAUGUUUUUAGCAGCUAAAUAUGAAGAGAUGUUUGCUCCUGAGGUGGGGGACUUCGUGUACAUUUGUGCUAAUACUUAUGUGAAAGCAGAAAUACUGCAAAUGGAAAAGGUCAUUGUACGAGCACUGAACUUCAAUUUCUCGCGACCACUCCCAUUGCAUUUCUUGCGACGAUACAGUAAAGCUGCACAUGCACUGCCAGUCCACCAUGCUAUGGCUAAAUAUUUACUGGAGCUGAGUCUGGUAGACUAUGACAUGUGCCACUAUGCGCCUUCAUUGAUAUCUGCUGCUGCUAUAUAUCUGGCUCUGUGGUUAUUUCAAUCUGAGAAAAAGGGUGUGUGGACAAAAACACUUGUCUACUACACCUCAUAUUCCUAUAGAGACAUAGAAGCAAUUGUAAAGAAACUAGCUGGCCUUGUGGUGAAAGCAGGUACAUCGAAGUAUCAGGCUGUGAACAAGAAAUAUGCACAGAGCAAGUUUUUAAAGAUCAGCUGCAGACCAGAGCUGAAAUCUGCUGCUUUCAAGAGACUGGCAGCUUCAUGAAAUUGGCGCAUGCUACAAGAUAUUUGCAACCAGUGAUGGGACUGAUCAUGUUCUCUGAGCCAAAAUUGCAGGUUUAAAAACCUUUUCUAUCUCUGAACAUCAAUAAUUGAAAUUCCAAAGUUGCAUAUCACUUGAUGACAUGCUCUUGGAUGAGUAUAAAAAGUUUUAGUCAUAAAUUUGAUUUUGGGUUUUGUACUUUAUGCCCUUUUACAUAAUUGCCAAAGUUUUUGUACUUUCUUAUUAUUUCCUGAAAUAACCAAAGUGAGAAAUGCAACUAACCAACUGCAGUACAUCACCCCACAUGAUGAUUUAUAGAAGCUGGUGGAAAAUCUUAAUGUGCACAUAUUAAUUUCUGAAUAUCAAAAUUGUUCAGUGUUGUGUGAUUAAAACUUGAAAGAAUUUUAACCAUUGCUGAUAUCUAAUAUGGUUUCUACUGUUGAAUAGAAACUGUUAUAAUGUUGCUGACAGUUUUCACCAAUUUGCAUGAUGCUGUGAGAGAGAACAAUUGUUUUGUAGUCAGCACAAUACGUUGAAGUCUGAAGGCAUUAAAAAUUACCACAAAAACAUCGACAUCAAUAAGUAUGUCGAUGUUUUUGUGGUAAUUUUUAAUGCCUUCAGACUUCAACGUAUUGUGCUGACUACAAAACAAUUGUUCUCUCUCACAGCAUCAUGCAAAUUGGUGAAAACUGUCAGCAACAUUAUAACAGUUUCUAUUCAACAGUAGAAACCAUAUUAGAUAUCAGCAAUGGUUAAAAUUCUUUCAAGUUUUAAUCACACAACACUGAACAAUUUUGAUAUUCAGAAAUUAAUAUGUGCACAUUAAGAUUUUCCACCAGCUUCUAUAAAUCAUCAUGUGGGGUGAUGUACUGCAGUUGGUUAGUUGAUAUUAUCACCUCCCAAGUGGAAGCAUAAAAUGCUCAAGUUUAGACUUGAUGAUACAGAAGCACUUAAUCUGAAGUCCAUCUAUGCACUUGUGAGUAAUACAGUGCAGGAUAAAAGAAUAAGCAAGGCAAUUCAAUUUUUUAUGUUUUAUGGUAAUUUGUAAAGCAUGUUGUGCUGACUAUAAACCCUUGCAUUUGAAUGCUGCCUAAUGGGAACCUACAGAUAAUUUUUGGAGUUAACUCAGAUUUUCCCAUACCACAAGUUACUUUUAAGUGAUGGAAAAAUUAAACUAUUUGUUUUUUUUAGAAGGUAUGUGCCUCUUUUCUUGGAGGCCAUCCUGUAGACAUUCUGACACAGCUUGUGGGGUGAGGACCAUGUCCUUUAAUUUGUGUUACUCAAGGAUUCUUAUACAAUUUUUAGUCGCAUGACAGGGUCCAAAAUUUGUAUUUACAUUUAUGAAGACAUUCUCAUUGGAGAUGUUUGUAUAUUCAUGAGAUGUGCAGAUUUGUUUGUAUGCAGUUAUAAUUGUAACUGCUGCAUGCUGAUCAGUCACACAAUUGAAUUUAUUUUCAGACAAAUUCCAGUGCUAAUGGUAUUGAAUAUUAAAAUGUACUAAUGCCGCAAUAAAUGUAUUAUGUGAAAGUAACAAAGUUAUUAAAUAGUUUGAGUGUUUUUUAGCGUUGUAUUAACAAUAUUUGGAACAUUUCUUAGUAUUAAUUCAAUAUCAAUUCUAAGUUUGUGCAUUGGAAAUUGGUCUGUGAGCAUUUCAUUUGCAAAUGAAGUUGUGGUUAUUUUUAACCCUUUCCGGUCAUCGCAUUUAGAAAAAUUUCCGCAGCCGGGUUGUCAGGGGUUUUUAAAUGGCUGCCGAGCCAUUAAGUAAACUUUUGGCCGACAAGUUGGUGCAACAAAAGCAUAAAUUUAAAAGGCCAACUGUGUACUUACAUUUUUUAUUGUCCAGUUCUUUGGCUGACCCAACACUGCUAUAAUAUUUGUCAUGAAAUGGUGAUAUUCUUCAAUACCAGACACACUGAGUCAUAGUCUGUCCAUUAAGGAAUGAACUAUUCUUGAAAUGAACUGUUUUUCAGAGUAUGGUAAGUUACACACGUCACCUAUAAGUUUCCUGUAAUUUGGAAUUAUACUGUGAACAUAACCAGUGUCACUUUCAGCUAAUGAAAAUAACCUGAUGCCUCACUUUUUUUUUAUUAUAAUUUAAAAAAAAUAUUUUGCACUUGAACACAACUGUUGGUUCAUCUGUUACAUUGUUUUUAACUGGCACACAAUUUUUCUGAUGGCCCAAUUGCUUUAAUUGGUGGCAUCAUUUCUUCACAUGCAUCAUCGCCCAUUGUCACGUCUUCCCAUCCACCAACACGCAACAACACUUGUUUCGCUCUCACCCUCACUUGCCGACAUUUCUUUGCUUGAUUCUUCACUUGCAGUUUCUCCUUAAAUUUCCAAAUUAAUCUCAUCAUCAUAGUCAAUAUCAAGUUCUUCGCUUAACAUAUCACUACUAGAUACUUCAUCCGAAUCACACAAGGGAUUAUAUCUAGUUUCUUCAAUCUAGAGGGCCAUGGUUCGGCUGAAUGUAAAAUGUGUGCCACUAACGUGACAUGCCGUAAUAUAUAAAUGGCAUUCGUUCCUCAAGAAGUUCAACUUAAGAUGGCAGAAGGAGGCAGACAAAACAUUAAUGCAGGUGUUGGUAUAGUGUACAGUGCCAACUAGUGACAUGUGAUCAAAAUAUGACUGCAGAAAUAAGAAACAAACUUUGUCAAUAAUAUAUCGACGUUUGUCCAUGGGAGUACAGUCACCAUGUUGAUUAUAUACUGAAUGUUUGACUGAAAGGGUUAAAAUUUGCAUUCUGUUUUAUGUAUACAAGCAACAUUCUGCCGUCAAUGUAACAGUUGUUUAUUAACACACAUAGCACUGCAUGUUUCUCAUUUUGGUUAAAGAAAUGCAGCAUUUAGGAAUCUGGCUCUGCUUCCAUCAGGUAAAACUAUGAGACCUGCUCCUUUGGAUCUGUUAGAUUUGUCACAAGGGGAUAGCGAUUACCUGCACCUGAUGGACCUAAGAGAAUGGGCUUCAUAAAUUUACGUGAUGGUGGAAGCAAAGUCAGCUUCUGAAACGUUACUUUUUUAAUUGAAAUGUGACAACAGAAAGUGUCUGAAAUAUACAUUGAACCAAUAUAGCAUGAAGUGCAUAAUGUCAGUGCAAGAUACAAGGAAGUAAAAUUUCAUCUGAGUGUGUGGGAAGGUUGUGCUGCUUUUAGGACUGGAAAUUUUUAAUGUCUCAUUUUAUAGAUUUUUAUGAAUUGACUGAAUGCUUUCAGAUGUGUCUCAGUUUUAUAUAUAUAUGUAUACUUUUAUUGACUGAUGGUUUUGCAUGUGAACAUUUAGUAGUCAUGUACAUAAUUUUUUGAAGUCUUAAGUUAUAAAUGCAAAUACGAUUUUGUGAUAACUUGAAUUUGGAGGAUUUAGAAGGCUCUGUGUUCAUUCAUGUCAAUGAACAAUAUGUUUGAUAUUUUGAGGUGGGUUUUACAAUGUGUGUACCUUAGAAACAGGGGGUGAUACCAGCAACUGUACCAUACCUACUUGUGUACUUUUUAUAAACAAUAAAAUUUUGUUUCGCAUUCUGAAGUGACUAGUGUAACUCUUAAAUUGAAGUGAUAUAAGAGAUGCAAACAAAAGUUAAUUUUUUUGAGUCAUCCAAACGGCAUUCUCUUAUGUGAUUGCCAUCUUAGUAAAUAUGAUUGAAUUUUAUAUUUAAUUCUAUGAAUAAAAGAAUAAACUUGCUAUCAAAUAGUGUAAUUAAAGUGUAGAUUUGUUUGUGAAGUGUAGUUCUUGUGUUAUGUGCUGUGAAUAUGAACUGGCUCUUCAUUUUAGCUAAGGAGGUCAAGUGGUUUCUUUCCAGUUAACUGAUUUUUAAACUGCUGAAAUAAGUUGAGGGAAAAAUAUAGCACAUGCACUUCAUGGCGAUGGAACUACAUGUGACAGUAGGAGAGCUGAAAGUAAUAGUAGUACAGUAUUUUUUUUUUUCAAAAAUAAAUUUUAAUGUCACAAUAUUGCAUAUAUGUUGAGGUGUGGCUAAAUAAAUCUGUUUAUUCACUUUGAUUUGAGUAGAACCUGGCACAGUGUAUGCUGAAAUGUGGUUGCUAGUAUGUGGAGGUACAAGAAUAAUAAUUCUGUUAGGUACACAUCACUACUUGAGGAUCUUGUGCUACAAAAGUUAAUAUUUUUUUACAUCAGACUAUGAAUGAACAUCAUGCCUUAAUGUUAGAAAUUUCACCAGUAAGUAGGAGUUAUAUCUCCUGGUAUGAAGAUUCUUUGUAUGUUUAUUUAAGUUUUCAGUAUUGUAUAUCUAGACUAAUAAAAUGUAACCUGUUCCAUUAA